AUGGAACACAUUACUCUGAUAAAGGAGCUUGACUCAAUUAAGGACGAUUUCACAAUUAAGGUUCGGAUCAAACGUCUUUGGACUCAAAAGUCAAGAUUUGAUGCAAACGAAACAUACUCGAUUGAAAUGGUUUUGAUGGAUGAGGAGGGAAGGAAAAUUCAUUCAUCUUGUCUGAAGAAAUGGUUUCCUAAAUUCCACCGCUAUUUAAAAGAGGAUAAUAUUAUUGGACACAUUUUUGAAUAUGGGUGUAUAGAUACCUCGGAACAAGAUAAAUCAAAAUACAAGAUGCUCUUGCAUCUUCAAGAUAUAGAGGAUACUAAGCUUAAGGUAACUUUGUGGGGUCAUAAUGCAUACUACAUGCAAGAUUUUCUUGCUAACAAUAACAACCUUGCUCCAGUAGUUUUUAUUGUUCGGUUUGCUAGAGUGAAGUUUAUUAAUGGUCGUCCUUUUUCAUCCACCUACUUUGAUGUUAGUAGGUUGUUCAUAAACAAUGAUAUGAAUGAAAUUACAAGCUACAAGAACAAAUUAGUUUCUGAAGAUGGACAACAACUUUCCUCAAGUGGAAUCAAAAUGAUGGAAUCAAAACAAGUCACAGAACAUGAUGACUUUCUGAAAAAUAAUGUAUUUUCUAACAUUGAUGAUUUAUUUGAACCUUUGGAGAAAAAGAUGCCACCAUGUAAAUCAAAUAAGUGUUUCAACAAUAGUCUACCUAUUCUAGCACCUCCACACUAUGACCCUUCUAUCUUCCAAGCAGCAGUAACAGCUACCUUCGCUGCUGCCAUGACACAAAUAAAAGCCAAUGGUACUAGUGGAGCUGGCAGUGGUGCUCAUAAUUCAAAUCAUGAAGAAAGUCUUGGACACCCUAAGGAGUGUUCGUAA